AUGAGUUCUUUGCAGUCAAAUUUCAACAGCUUGCAGCCUAUCAACUCAAGUAUUCAAUUUGUUUCUCCGAAUCCAUCAUACACGUGUGAAAGUUGUAAGGGAUACUUGGUCGAUCCAUACCAACUAAUCUGCGGUCAUCGGAUUUGCUCCAAUUGUAAAGUUAAUUUUCAGAGUAAAGUUUUUGAUUGUCCAUCUGGUGAUGAGACAUGUGAGAAAAUUUCUUAUGAUAAGGUUGCUUCUGUUGGGGUUGUUCACAACAAACUUUUGAAAAAUAUGUUGACUUCAUUGUUUAUAACAUUCAGUUCUUUUAUGUUUAAUAAUACUUAUAGGAAAUUUAUUAAUGAAGUAAACUGCACUAGAAUAAAUAGGGUCACAAAUGUAGAUAAGCUGGACUUGUGGAACUUUGGUGUCAUGUUAAGGAAGUGUAAGAUGGCUGGGUUUUUUGUGGGGUACAUUCAUAAACUGCGAGAACUCAAAGAUUACGAAGUUUACUGUACUAAUAAGUCACUAGGCUGUCCUGCCACUUGCAAGUUGCAUCAUCUAAAGAAACAUUUAGAUGAGGAAUGUUUAUAUGUAAAAGUCAACUGUCCUCAUGACUGCUACCUUACUGACGUUUUCAGAUAUGAGUUGAACGAUCAUUUAGAAAAAUGUCCAAUGAAACCCGUCAGGUGUCAGUUCCAAGAGAUCGGCUGUGAUUACAUGAACUACAUGAAGGCGAUAGUUCCGAUAAUCAUAAUGAAAAAGUGA